AUGGAUUCUGGUUGUUGCAGUUUCACAGCUAUGAAACUUCCUAUAGCCGGACUGAACUUUAGAAAGCAAGUUGUUAUCCUCAAGAUAACUGCUAUGCGGAGAUACAUUGACAUUGGAGCCAAUCUGACCGAUGCUGUUUUCAAAGGUGUUUACAGAGGAAAAAAAGUCCAUGAUGACGACUUUCACCAAGUUCUUAAACGAGCUUUUGAAAUCGGCAUGGAUAAAAUAAUAGUUACAGCUGGAUGCCAAGAAGAUAUAACUGAUGCCUUAAACCUUGUAAAAGACAAUGAGAGAUUAUACUGCACAGUGGGUGUGCACCCAACUAGAUGCAACGAGUUUGAAACUAAUGGUGAUCCUGAAAAUCAUUUAAAUGUCCUGAAGCAUUUUAUUAAUGAAAACAAAGAAAAAGUUGUUGCUGUUGGCGAAUUAGGUCUCGACUAUGACAGAACACAAUUUUGUUCAAUUGAAACCCAAAAGAAGUAUUUUCAAAUGCAACUGGAGCUCGCUGCUGAAGCUAAACUACCCCUUUUUUUGCAUUCUAGAAAUUGUGCUGACGACUUUAUUGAUAUCAUCAGCAAAAAGCGAGAUCUUCUAAAAGGUGGGGUUGUGCACUCUUUUACUGGUACGAUUGAGGAAGCAGAAAAAUAUAUUGAGCUGGGUUUCUAUAUUGGGAUAAAUGGUUGUUCUCUUAAAACUGAAGAGAAUCUUAAGGCAAUGGCUUCAAUUCCAACCGAAAGACUUAUGAUUGAAACAGAUGCACCAUGGUGUGGAAUUAAGAACACUCAUGCUGGCUCAAAAUUUGUGAAGUCAAAAUGGGACAUAAAAAAGAAAGAAAGAUGGAUUGAAGGUUCAACUGUCAAAGAUAGGUGUGAACCAUGUCAUAUUGUUCAGGUGUUGGAAGUCAUGGCAGAAUAUCGCAAAGAAGAUCCAGAUGUACUUUGCCAAAAAAUCUUUGAAAACACAAAUAGACUGUUUUUCCCUGAUCAAUAAGAUAGGCACAUGAUUUAUAGUUGUGUUUUUAAGUUGAAUCUUUGGCUGAAAUCAUACAAAACUUUGCAGUUUACCCUUUUCUUCUAAAUCCAUAGCUUUUAGAAUUUGCUGUUUUUCUGAUUUACUAAUACUAUUAAUAAAACAAAAGUUAAUAAAACAAAAGUUAAAUUUAUUACCAAUUAUUCAAUCAAUACAUAUCAUAAAUUCUAAUAUUGGAAACACAAUGCAAAAUGGAUGUCUUAAACUAUAAUUUCAUUGUGACUAAUAAUCUAUUGACUUUCAAAGUUGAAUUUUAGUUAAGUAUGAAAUGCCACCACAUCAUAGUUAGGGUAAAAUGUUAUUUUUAAAUUUUAAAAUUGAGAAGAUUGCUCUAUGGCUUAAAAUGUAAAAUUCUAGCAAAAGAUAUCUUAUUUUUAAAUAGUUGGUUACAGUUUAUGACAGUACUGGCAUGACUAGUUUUAUUGUGGCUGGUAAAAGGACCCAGUUGCCUGUAAGGGCUUUACCGAACCCCAGGGGACCACAAUGUGAUAAGAUCAGGCCAGAUGUUUCUAUGUAGAGCAAUUUAUUUAUUUUGGAGCUAUGAUUACGUGGUAUAGCUGGUGGUCAUGUUUAAAGGUCAGUUUAUCCUUGUGUGCUAAUUAUCCAUCCAGAUGCUUAGUGAUGUGGGUAAAUCAUGCCCUUCUACGAUAUAUAAUGUUUGACCAUAAAUUUGUUUUUACCACAUAAACUGUGGCACUAAUGUCAAUUAACAAUAUUUACAUUCAUUGAUAUUUAAAGCGUGUUUUUUCCCCAGCACUACUACACAACAAAAACCUGUCGGCCCACCGAGGAAACACGGUCGCAGAACAAAGAGCCCAAUUGUGCUCUUCUAUUCUGUGAUCGUGUGUAUCUACUAUAAACUAGCUAAAUAUACUAAGAAAAUUUAAUGGAAUCAUUACAGUCGUUUGAUAAGUUCACGUGUCAAAGUAAUGUUCAUGGUGAUCAUAUUUUUUGAUCCCCGGUGGGCAAACACUCGUCCGAAAGGUCAAGGCAAACCUGUCGAUGUUUCACCAUACGAAGUAAGGCGAUUUGAACAUAUACUCAGCUUACAACUCAACCCAUGGGACGAGACGUCGUGAGCCUCAAAAUUCUUCAAAAUAUACAGCACAUACCUAGUUAGCAAACACUAAACACAACAUACAUACGAUACCAAAUAAUGUAUAAUGCCAUUACUAAUUCGAAAGAAAAUAUAUCUGCUAUCUAAUUU